CAGCCCACUUGCGACCGCGCCACAUUCCGCCCAUCAACAUCGCCAUGUCUCGUCGCGAGAAGAUCAUCUCGCGCUCCGUCUCGAAAUCAGUUGUGCACAGCAGCGAUCAACGGCCCAAUGCUAUCGCGCGACUCCCGGCCUACUUCUGGCUAUACCAUCUGAAUCUCGAAUGUGUGGGCGCGCAUCUGUUCCGAGCGCUGCGAGAAACAUGGCAGAUCGAUGAGGCCGAGUACAGGGCCAGCUUCGGCGCCGACAGCAAGGACAAACAGACGUUGACCAGUGCAGGAGACAUGGGCUUCUCAGGGUCGACAUUUUUCACCACUCAAGACCAGCUAUACCUCGUGAAGUCUGUCCCUCGUCACUUCGAACACUCUUUCUUCAAGGAGGAGCUUAUGACCCCCUACGUGGAGUACAUGGAACAAAAUCCGAACAGUCUACUCACCCGUAUCUCUGAUUUUCUCCAAUGCUACCAAACAAGCCUGGGCAGUUUGCUUGGCCUCGCGCCUACCCAUCACAUUGUGAUGGAAAACCUGCUGUACGGCAAGGAGGAAAGCUGGGAAGAUUGGGAUCUCAAACCGCAAAGUUACUUCUACCCGGAACGAGACAUCGCUGACGGCGCCCUGACAAGUGAAGCCACCAAGAACAAGCUGGCAGACGAGUUCCACGACAAGAUUGUCUUGACACUGGACCAGGCGGAGGACCUUAAGGCUCAGCUAGAGAAGGAUACUAAAUUGCUUGCCGACUGUAACACAGUCGACUACUCCCUCAUGCUGGUCAGAAUGCCCGCUUCUGAUGAAACAGACGAGGGCGACCUCCCUGCCAAAGGCAAAACGCCCUUGAUCCCGCCCGCGCCACCCAGCUGGCGAGUGGGCGUCAGAUCAGCAGACGGCAAAUGGACUUAUCGUGCAACAUUGUUGGACUUUUUCUGGAGUAAGCACAAGGUGCAUGCCAAAGCAAUGACUGUACUCAUUAGUGCGUACAACAUGGUUGACAACCAAGGACACAUGAGCGUGACGACCAACAGCACAGAAUACCGCAAAAGGUUUCUGGAUAUGGUGUAUGAAAUGAUCGAAAUUGAGUAGAGAUUCAACGAAGGAAUCAACAGGACGAACCAGACGGGACUUGAGUGUUUCAGAAUAUCACUUAGAUUGGCAGCCCAGACACCGACCUAUGGUUAUGACAAGCACGACGAACGAUGAAUGGAAGGAAGAUACCCCAUCUUAGAGACAGU